AUUUUCAUUUCACAGUCAAAAAAAAGGAAGAUGGGCAGAGUAGCACUUUUAUUAGUGGCAUGCGUUCUAGUAUUGGUUAUGCCAAUGGCUAAUAGCUCUACUCAAGAAAUUGAUCAAUGGCUUUCUCAUGCUAAGGAGAAAGUAACUCAUCUUCACUUUUACUUCCAUGAUACAUUUUCCGGGGCGAAUCCAACUGCCAUGAAGAUAGCCCAAUCCGCCAUAACCGACAAAUCACCGACUCUCUUCGGCAUAGUUGUCAUGAUCGAUGACCCAUUGACGGAAGGACCUGAACCAACAUCGAAGGAGGUGGGUCGGGCUCAAGGGCUUUACGGAUCUUCUGAUCAGAAGAAUGUGGGCCUUCUCAUGGGCAUGAACUUGGUUUUCACUACUGGAAAGUUCAAUGGUAGUACUCUUGCAAUUUUGGGCAGAAACCCAGCCCUAGAACACGUCCGAGAGAUACCAAUUAUCGGGGGGACUGGCGCAUUCCGAUUGUCAAGGGGAUUUGCUUCCCUGAAAACAUACUUCUUCAAUGCAACCAGUGGUGAUGCUAUUGUAGAAUAUAAUGUUGUAGUUUCACAUUAUUAAGACAUAAAGAGUAGAUGUAUUUCCUGUUUGUUCACUUUGUUUUAUCUUCAAAAGUGGUUCAGUAAAACUUUGUUUAAUUUGGA